AUUGCUCGGUGUUGGCCGCCGCGUAGCGUAGUGCGCGCGUGACGUUACCCCGGUGAGAGUGUCUGUCAGAGACAGCGUGGCUCGACGGGUGGUGAGUUCUCGCCCGUCUGUCGUGUCGCGUUCGUCUUGCGGUGAGCACUCCUCGGUGGCGCAAGAUGGUCGCGAUGAAAGGACGCAAGAGCUCGAGCAAGAAUCCGCCGAUAUUCAGCCAUGAAUUCGUCAUACAAAAUCAUGCGGACAUCGUCUCCUGCGUGGCGAUGGUCUUCGUCGUCGGCUUGAUGGUGCAGGUUACUUCACCAUGGGCGUACACUUUCAUUGCCAUGCACCAUAAUGUGACCAAUCCUAUUGAGGAUCCAACAGUUGUGCUAAAAUACACCACAGGAUGGAAGGAUGCAUGCGCAGUGUUCUUUUACUUCUUGAUAACUAUCAUAAUGCAUGCUGUGCUCCAGGAAUACAUAUUUGAUAAAAUUUCCAAGCGGCUUCAUCUCAGCAAGGCAAAACUUUUCAAAUUUAACGAGUCCAGCCAAUUGAUUGUCUUUUACACAGUGUUUACAUUGUGGGCCAUCGACAUUAUAAUCAGGGAGAAUAUACUCUUGAACCUACCAGCAUUAUGGACGGAGUACCCGGCGCCGAUGUCUUUCUCCUUGAAACUGUUCUUCAUCUGUCAGCUUUCCUACUGGUUGCACUGUUACCCCGAGCUGUAUUUCCAACGAGUCAAGAAGGAGGAUAUCGCGCUGCGUGUUCUCAAAGCGACCGUCGGAUUGUUCUUCACGUCUUUGGCUUAUCUUUUGAACUUCCAACAGCUUGCCGCAAUCUUGCUGACUUUCCAUUUCGUGGGAGACGCCUUGAUGCACGGAGCCAAACUGAUCCACUUCAUUAGUCAGAAGGAGAAAGCGUCGAGACUGUCCUUCCUCAUUGCCAAUUCGGCAUACGUGUUCGCCCGCGUCGCGAGCAUCGCGCUGUCGGCUGUGGUGUUCUUGUACGGACUGAGGAAGCUGGAGAACAAAUUCGACUACGUCACCGGUAGUUUCAACAUUCCCGCUGUACAGUAUACCGUGGUGUCCGUCAUCUCGCUCUUCCAAGGCUACCUGCUGUAUCUCUUCGCCGUGAAGCAGAUCAAACUCGCGCGUGAGAAUGCCGCGCCGGUCGUCGUGAAGGCGAAACCGAAGCAGAAGUCGAGGAAGCGAGAAGGCAAGAAAUCCGCUCAGUCCGAAGACGACGAGCUGCCGGAGGUGGAUCAGGCGACGAAGAAAAAUCUGAGGAAUCGCUCGUCGACUAAAGCGAAAUAGAUGUCUAAUAAAUUAGAGAAAUCACUUCUCCUAAGGCCGAUCGGAUAAUUCGAUCCUAUUCGUCUGUAUGCGUCAUGAGUGCGUUUAAACGUGAAUCCUGGAACGCAAUCGUAAUGCAGGAAUUCGAGAAGCUUCCAUACGUAGUCGCUACCGACUCAGAGUAACGUCGUGCAAAAGGUGUCCGAUAUUCGGCUUCGUAGGAAAGUGUGUAGAGACGGAGCGGUGGUUCUUGUCGUUAAGUGUUCGUGAGAGCGGUAGAUACGGGGAUCCGCUAUAUAUGAUAAGGAACAUUUUUCUUUCAUUCUUUCUCUUUUUUUUUCGGUUACGAUUAAACCUUUCACGAUCUUUUCGUGAUUUCCUCAUCUUCGUACGAGGCAAGUAUUUCGUUCAUACAAUUAUGCGAAAAUAAUUAAUGUGCAAUUUUGCCUUUUUAGACACAUUGCGUAUAUUUUCCAGGUACGUUAUACGUACUCAAUAUUUAUAGAUUACUUGAGAGAAAAUUUAUACGCGAUCGUUUCUUUGUUUCAUGGUCAUUUAAAGUUCACGGGUUUCCUUUUGCACGUGGCUUUCUUCUCAUGAAUUUAGGAUUAAUUGAUUAGAAAGUAAGUAGCCAGAAUAUAAAAAUGAAUUUAUUACGCUAAUAUAAUAUAUAUAUAUAUAUAUAUAUAUACAAUAAGUUCCAAGAAAGA